AUGGAGAGCUGGCACUGUUUCCUGCUACUGUGCACACUUAGUUUAGCGCUGGCCUCUAGAGGGGCGACGAAAAAUGAUGAUGGCAUCGACCUUGUCAAUUUCCUGAGACGUAUCUACCCCGGGCUGCUGGUGAGAGACGAGUCGUUCAUCAUCAACAAAGACUUUGAGAUGAACUCCCUCAAGGAGCUGGGAAGCCGUGAAGUCCUCUCAAUCACAGAGCCAACCAAGGGCAAACCAGUCAAUCAGGAUACACACGGGGCUGCUGGACCUGUGGUGUUAACCAAAGAUGGCCAGAUCAAGGGGGUUACGGUGGACAAGGCCCAUAUAUUCUAUGGGAUACCGUAUGCAGACCCCCCGGUUGGGGCUUACCGCUGGAAGCCCCCCAGACCUGUGAGUCCUCGGCCGGGGGUUUACGAUGCCUCCUUCCCCAGGGCGUCAUGCAUGCAGGCCUGCAGCGGACCCAUCACUGAGGAGUGUCCUCGGAUAGUCAGUGAGGACUGUCUCUACCUCAACAUCUUUGUACCUCUGGAUGUGAACUUCAGCUCCCCUCUGGGAAGACCACUGCCUGUCAUGGUGUGGAUCCAUGGUGGGGAUUUUAUUGCUGGCUCUGCCUCCAAGCCGCUAUACGAUGGACGCUUCAUCAGUAACCAAACCCACACUGUUGUUGUAAGCCUGGAGUACCGACUGGGUGCUUUUGGGUUCCUUGUGUCGGGUAAGGACCCUCACUCAUCAGCUGCAGGGAAUUAUGGGAUCUUGGAUCAGCAGGCGGCUCUUCUGUGGGUUCAACAGAACAUUCCAGUGUUUGGAGGAGAUCCUAGCAAGGUGACACUCUUUGGGGAGAGUGCAGGUGCUCAGUCAGUGAGUCUUCACCUGAUGAUCCAGAGCAGCCAGCCUCUGUUUAAACAGGCCGUCCUGCAGAGUCUGCCCUUCUCCAUCCCUCUGAAGACCAGACACGACGCCCUGAAGCUGGGAAAAGACUUUGCUAAACAGACCAAGUGCUCUGUGAGCGACAUCAUCUGUCUGCUGUCUCUUACUCCACAGGCCGUCCUGACUGCCCAGAUGAAAACAAGUUCCAAGGUUGUGAACCUGUUCAGGUUCCUGGAGGUUUUUGAGACGUGGGGUCCACACAUCGAUGGGGAGUUAAUAAAAGAGCAAGCUGUCACUGCCUUCCAGAAGGGCCACUGGCAGAAAGAGAAGCCGGUGCUGCUAGGAACCACCUCAGAAGAGGGAGUGAUCUUUGCAUUUGGUGUCUUCAAGAAGCCAGUCUCUGCGGUGGAGAGCACUGUGUACAUCACAGCCAUCUUUAAACAACAUGCUCUGCGAAUCCUGCGCAAGUACCUGCCCCUGUACAUGGACACUGACCGCAGGGAAAUGCUAGCUCAGAUCAUCACCGACUACAUCUUCCUGUGUCCAUCCAGGAGGUCGGCGCGUGCUGGCACAGCAGCGGGCAGCAAGGUUUGGAUGUACGUGUUUGACCACGUGGCGUCAGACCACCGCGUGUGGUCAGGUCUGACCUUCUGCUACCAGCACACCUGCCACGGCGCUGAGCUGCCCUUUCUUUUUGACUCCGCUUCGGUGGCUAACUUCACCCUGUCGACACCAGAGAAGCUACUGUCCAAUCGGAUGCUGUGCUACUGGGGCGCCUUCGCCCACACUGGUGACCCUUCCUCGCGGGCCCAACAGACAACUUUCUGCCGGGAGCAGCGUCUGCCCGUUUGGCCGCGCUAUUCCGACACCAGCAGCUGGCUGGUCAUGAACCUGACAGUGCGUUCACAUGCACAAGUGGGAACCAGGGACCAUAUAUGUGACUUUUGGGACCAUCUAGGCAUCUAUUAG